AUGUUGUGGAUCACAUUAGCUGAACGGCACAUCCAGACGCGUCAAAUCAAUUGGUCAAUCACUUCACGAUUUUGCUUCAAUGAGAAAGAAAAUCCCGACGACGAGGCACUCGGCGUACAGAUCGUAAAGGACCUCCACAGAACCGGAUGUAGUCUUUUCAGUGGCGAAGAAUCCGAUAACCAGGCGCUCCUCAAACAAGUACUACUGGCGUACGCGCGUUGGAAUAAAUCGGUUGGUUACUGUCAGGGCUUUAAUAUGUUGGCCGCUAUUAUACUGAAGGUUAUGGAAGGAGAUGUCGACGACUCACUUAAG